AUGUUUGGUACCAAAGGAUCAGCUGAGGGACAGUUUAAUAAUCCAGUAGAUAUUGCUAUUGAUAGACGAGGGUUAGUUUAUGUCAGUGAUACUAACAAUCAUCGUAUCCAGAUAUUUACUUCUGAGGGGACUGUUUAUAUCCAGUUUGGCACCAAAGGAUCUGGUCCUGGACAACUUAGUUAUCCAUUAGGGAUUGUAAUAGAUGAUAACAAUAUAAUGUACAUUACAGAGUGGGAUUCAGAGAUGUCUAUGGAUGGGAAAUCCAUUAAAUCAAUUGGUAAACAAGGUAGUGGACCAUUAGAAUUUAGACUACCUGAUAGUAUCACCAUUUCUCCUAUAACUGGACAUAUUUAUAUUGCAGAUUAUGAUAACCAUCGUAUACAAGUCUUAAAUCCUGAUCUAAUUUUCUCCCACAUGUUUGGUACCAAAGGAUCAGCCGAGGGACAGUUUAAUAAUCCAAUAGAUAUUGCUAUUGAUAGACGAGGGUUAGUGUAUGUGACUGACUUCAACAAUCAUCGUAUCCAGACAUUCACUUCUGAGGGACUGUUUUUAUCUCAGUUUGGCACCAAAGGAUCUGGUCCUGGACAACUUAGUUAUCCAUUAGGGAUUGUAAUAGAUGAUAACAAUCUAAUGUACAUUACAGAGCGAGAUAAUCAUCGUAUUUCUAUCUUCACUACUGAUGGUCUCUUUAUACGUUCUUUUGGAGGACAAGGUAGCAGUGUGGAGAAACCAGUACCUAGUACAUCCUCCUCUACAGUUCUCAAGAAACUAGAGGAACAGCUCACCUGUGCUAUAUGUCUUGACCUCUAUACUAACCCUAAGACUUUACCAUGUCUCCAUUCUUUCUGCCAACAAUGUGUGGAGGGUCUACCACUAGAUCCUCAGGAGAUAACUACUUCAUCUCUUGUCCCACUUGUCGUCAUUGUACCUCUCUUACCUCAACCAACAAGAAGAUGUGAUGGUUGUCAUCUCCUUGGAGCUACUGUUGGUUUGUUGUCACAGCAGCUGUUCCUCUAA